GUUUACCGCUUUCGGGGACUGCGGUCCGCCAUGGAAUCCGUGGAAAGCAGUCACAGCGUCACCUCUGAUGACGCUGCUGACGACGCCCCACGCCUGGAGCACUCUCCCAGGGAUGUCGAACAUCCUCCUGACGAGUGCCACUCCAUGCACGAGCACGAUUCUGAGCACGACGAUUCAGUGUCCUCGUUCAGCUUUAACAGCUGGGGUUCAUUCCACCAUUUGCCCCCAGACGGACACUGCCACGAACGCCGUGCCCGAGAACGACACUGAUGACUUCGAGUACGAGGACCUGGCUCCCGAUGAUGCAGACGACCUUGGAGAAGGCGAUGUCACAGGUAGUGUUUCCGGUGGUGAGACGGCGGACCACGAGGAUGACGUGAGCAGUGCCCACCAGAACGGAGAUCAUCGGCAUGACCCUGGCAGGUGGAACAGUGAGGCCGAUGGCGCCGCGGGCCCCCCGCCCGAGUUCAGGACUUUCUGGGGGCCCGGGGGUUCAGAUGAUUCGUCAGAUGACGAGAUGGGUGCGGCCGCGGACAAUGGCACUAGCCCCGUGCCCGGCGUGUAUGCUAGUGGUGCCGGUCCUGGGGCAAGCUCGCACAGCCAUGUGCCAGGUCAGCCGUGUCAGCAUGUUGACAUUCAUCAAAAUUUUCACUACCAUCACCACCAGUAUCACCGCCACAACCACUACAAGUCCAAGACUGUGCAGAAGUUCUAUGGCGGCAACAACAAACGUGGAGUCAUAGACUUGUCGGACGUUGAAUCGGAGCAGUCAGAUGACUACGAGCACCCUGAGCACCCGGAAUCGGAGAGCGACAACGAUCCCGUGAAGUGGGACGAGCUGAGCAAUCACUACCAGGAGACCUGGAUGAGUAUGGAUCGUUUGAGCAGCAGCCCCGACUCCAUUCGACCGCCCGACAACUUCAAGAGGCCGAAGAAGGUGAAUCCUAUGAAUGAUCCGUACGAUCCGUCCUCGCUGGGGCUGUCGGUGCCGACUGGCAGUUUGCAGCAGGUCUACGAGUGGUGUCGACAGAACAUGUCGGCGCACACAGGUCCCGCUUCUGUGGCGGACAGCCCGCGAAGUCCGGUGAGCACAGGGAGUCACGAGCAGGAACUGAUGGCGGAGCUGGAGGAGCAAAUCUUCGGACCCCCGGCAAGCCUCAUGCUUGCACCCAGGGCACCUGUGUCCAAGUCGACACCAGUCAGACGUGGUAAGAGUAAGAGCAAGACACCGCCGCCGUUUGUCGUUCCCGCGGCAAAAGGAAUCCAGACGUUGUUCCGCAUCAACCCUGACGAGGCAGUACAGACAGGCUCAGGACCAGGGAAUGCCUCUUCGAAUGUUGAAUCUGCGGCAUCGUCAACAUACGUGGCUCCACAGCAACAUGUGGGCAAGGUCCAUGGAGAAGAUGAUGACGAACAUCCGGGUCUUUGUACCGGUCCGUCGAUUAACGAGGGCGACCUUGGCCACGUUGGCUUGCAUGUGUCGCCAGACGAGGUCCCAACACUCAUCAUUGAGGAGGAGGAUGAUGUUGACGACACAAAUCAUGACGGUUGCAGAGGCAUCAACCAGACUCGGACUCAGGGUCCGCGGGCGGAGAUGCCCACGGAGCAUCCUGCUGACAUUGGCGGUCCGACAGAGCCGGAGAGUUCAGGGAAUGUGUCGGCGUCGGCCACUGGUGGGCAUGCAGAGACAGGGGAUGCAGAGCAGGGCACGCAAUCGGACACUGGUGAGCCUAGUGGGCAUGCAAAGACCCGGGAUGCAGAGCAGGGUACAGAGUCGGCCACUGGUGGGAAUGCAAAGAGAGGGGAUGCACAGCAGGGCAUACAGUCGGCCACUGGUGGGCACGCAAAGACAGGGGAUGCAGAGCAGGACAUACAGUCGGCCAGGGGUGGGCAUGCAAAGAGAGGGGAUGCAGAGCAAGGCAUGCAGUCGCAUCAACAGCGGUCAUCAUGUGGAGCCACCAGUAAGAUUGCAGGCAGUCUGCUUGAAGGUUUGCAGUGGCACGAUCAUGCCAUGGAUGUGAUAGAGGAUUCCAUCGACCUUGACAUGCAUGACAUCGUCCGGGCGGCCCAUGCAGACACUAUGAGCACUGCAUUCAGCGGCAUAGAAGCGCCUCAUACGGCCAGCUGCGCAAAUCGUUCCGCCAUGGGCAAGGCACUUGGUACGGAUAUCCCCUUUCCAAGGCUUCUCCAUAUGAUUGAGUUCGACCCGCACAAUCAGCCGGAACUGUUGCUGGUAGCCCGCGAGACAGGUGCAUGUUUAUUCGGCGACAUCGGCAGGUUCUUCCGACCUGAACUGUCCGAGGUCCUGGAGCAACUGCGACAGAAACCCAUGAUGUGUGUGGAAGUUCUUGCCCCGGUCCUGGCAUCUGGCCGUGCGGUCAAGUCUUCUAGCUUUUGCCUCACACAUCAGCGGCACUGCUGCCUGAAAUCAGCCAGACGACAUGUGGCUGGCACGUCCUGUGUUCCGUACAGCAAGCGGGGAUCCGGUGCGGCGCUCAUGGAUUUCAACACGGUUUAUUCCUUGUGUUGGAUCGGACUCAGAAUGCUGCUCCAGGAACCGGACAUCACCAACAUCUUGUCCGAGCUGAGCCCACUGUCCCGUUUCGCUGUGCGCUUCCACCGUGCUUGCUCGUGGACAUGGAGAGAGUUCUUCUUCCGUCAUGAGUUUAACGACAGUGACAUCCCGGAGAUGUACAAUCCCAUCCAAGACGAGCUAGUGCAGGAGUGGAUGUGGGCAUCACACCGGCAGAGCAGUCGAGUUGCUGGACAGGAGGAUCAAGAUGCCCACAAGGUGCCGGAAGCCGACAGGAUCGACUUGAUGCAUGACCCCAUGAUUUUUCGGAGCACCCUCAAUGCCACCGAGACCAAAUUUCUUGAAGCAUAUGUGGCACAGUCUCCCGGUGAGUGUUGGCAGCUGAAUCAGAACCCAUGCAACGGGCACGGGGCACGCACGACAGGGCCUUGCUUGAUGACCCUCAUCAGGAACAGCCACCUCCUGUACACGGACAGCGUGAUGCCCGAGAGAUGGCUGUUGGGCUCGGAGGCGGUACUUGCUCAAGCAUUCCCAUUGCACCCCGGACAGCCGGUGACACGAAAGGUCAUGAGACAGCAGGCGGGUAACUCCAUGAACGUUUUGGCUAUGGCUCUGAUCGACUUGCACAGCCUGACCUACACCCACAUUGAUACACCCGUGCUCUUCAAGCAGAUCUGCGACGGUCGCCGCACGCAGCAGAAGCGACGAGGCCGACACAUGCAGGACGUGUACACCAGGCACGGGUCAGGUGCUUCUUUGGACACGCACAUGUCGGACUCCGAAGUGUUGGAAACCGAGAAGUCGCGAGGGUCGGAGUUGCCAUCGAGGCUGGGAUCAUCCAGGCUCAUGUCAGACAAAUUCAAAGCCGUCGUGUCACGCAAGCCCAGUGUGCCUCAGUCACUGAGCUCGAAUUCAGAAUCAAAAAGCGCCCCUGAAAAGCCCAAAGAAUCAUCGUGUGGCAGCACACGGUUGGAGAUGCUGGCAGCGGCCAAGAAGGCCAAGACUGUACAGAAGGACCAGAAAUUCCAGUGCCAGAAGAGGUUGAGGACGAAGACCAAGUGCCAUUGA